UGUUCAUGUGAUCUGUCGCUGAGCACACAUCCAGUUGUGCGGAAGUGCAGCCCGAAAUCACUGCAGUGACCAGAAAAAAAUACGAUACUGGAAAGUGGGAAAAAAAAAAGUGAAAUUGCCAGGGACAAGACUUCGGCUCGGGUCGGGUCAACUCGGUUCUACGCGAACCAUUAAUACGGAAGUGUGGUUUAGUGUAGUAAAUGAAAAAUGCCGUCACCAUACAUGAGAGGCAGUCGGCCGUAAUAGACCCAGCUGGAGAAGGAGAAGCUGAAGCAGGUCAGCUCGGAGGAAAGCCCUUCAGCAUUCCCACUGGAGACACGAACCGGUAGCAGAGGAGCAGCUUCUCCAGUCCGGAACACUAGCCUGGCUAAUACAGCCGAGCCGGGAGAUGAAUGAUAAGAAGGGCUUGGUGUGCAGCCACUCCUGGACCGCUGAGAACCAACACAGAGAUGUGCUGUGAAUGGAACACCGAAGGAAAUGCAAGGGUGGAUUGACUAGCUAACGUGAGUUAGCAGCCAGCUAGCCGCUCAGGGCUGCAGCUUGAUGAGCGUCACUUCGUUUAGAGAUGCAAACCUCAUCCACAGCGACAUGAAGAGGAAUGUCUUUUUUUGGUGGUGAUCCCAACUUUUGCCCAGAAUGUGGAAACGUUCUUCCUCUUCCAGGGAUACCAGACACAGUCAAGUGCCCUCGCUGCUCAUUCUGUAUUCCUGUUGCAGAGUUCUCAAACCAGAAGAUCUGCUCGACGGUUGUCUUUAACCCUUUGGAGCAGUCAUCAGUGGCUCCAGAGGAUGAGGAGGACUCGGAACUGAAGGGGCCUGUGAUUGAUAGACGCUGUUCUCGCUGCAAUAAAGAGGGGAUGAUUUACCACACCAGGCAGAUGAGAUCUGCAGAUGAAGGCCAGACCGUCUUUUUCACCUGCAUACACUGCAGGUAUCAAGAGAAGGAGGACUCCUGAGAAGAAAGGCAACACAUUUUCUCAUUUCCUUUCUUUGCGUCUAUGGACACAUCUGCCACAGUUAUUUUCUCAAAACAUUGGUUGUAAAUAUGAGUUCCAAAGCAGCAAACCGCUUCAGGACCCUUCACCUUUUGCUGUGAGGAUGUACAAGGCAGAGACUCUGACUAUUCCUCAGUUAUCACCAUAAUACAGUUGGACCAAAGAAUCUUAACUUCCAGAGCAUUUGGUUGUGCCUUUCAGCCUUCGUGGCAUUUUUACCAUCACACAUUUUUAGAUUCCUCAUAGUUCUCCAUUAAAUAACCUAUGAAGCA